UCUGCGCUCGUCGCGACAGCUUCCUCGCCAAGCACGCAGCUACCGAGACCGAUUGUUCGAAGCCAACCUCGUGCCAUGCUCGCGCUGUAACGGGCAACCUCGAACGAUGAAGCUGCCCGGUGGCUCGCGCUUGCUCGCCAAUCCGACGACGCCGGCGAACGAGCCGUCGACCUUGCUGGAGGCUACGACGAUGCUGCUGGAAACCACCGAGCGGCUCGCGAGCAACGACGCGCGCAGAGAGCACCCGCCGAAUUAUUUCCUCUAUUUCAUUCUAUGCCUGGGCAUCUUGGGCAACUUGGCCGCCUUGUCAAUACUGCUGCACAAGGACAAGCGCCGAAACCGGAAGCACUUGCUGAUGCUACGCUGCCUGACGAUCAACGACCUGAUAGCGAUGUUACUGACAACCUCUCAAGUGAUCCUGACGCGUCAUCAAGAUGACUUGAAAAACGACUACAAUUUGGACAUCAGCGACUACCUGUGCUACGUGCACGUGCUUUGUCGCCUGUUCGGCCUGUUCAGCGGAUGCGUGGCGCUCGUUAUGGCCGGCGAACGUUGGCUCGCGCUCACUCGCCCGUUCGUCUAUCAGAAGCAGGUGACGUUCCCGAUGAUUGUGCGCUGUAUGAUCUUACUCUGGCUGGGCGGCAUCGCCCUGACUUGCAUGCCGUUCUUUGGCUUUGGCAUUUGGCGACGCGUCAAUCGGAACGGAGAAGUCGAGUGCGUCAGAUACAGAGACGCCACCGAACCGAUCGACAUCACUUACGCCGGUGUUUGGUUUUUCUUUGGAACGCUACUGUGCCUGUCGAUCGUCUGGUGCAAUUUGGCAGUAGCACGCGCGUUGAAACGUCUUGGCCGUCGUAACGGCGCGCUUCGACGUAUCUCGCGAGCUUCGUCGCGAGCGAAGCCACUGCUCGCCGUCACACAUGGAUCGUCGGCCGAGGUGGGCGUCACACCCGAGGAGAAAGCUUUUGCUAAGCUCAUGGCCAUGCUGUCCAUCUCUUUCCUCGUUUGCUGGAUGCCGCAAAUGAUAUCGAUACCACUAUCGCAAUACGUGGUGCACUCGGCAAACAUCAGCGACAAAGCGAACAAGUUGAUAUUCGUCUUUAAGAAAAUAGCCGACACAUUAUUGGGCUUGCACUUCACCCUCGAUCCUUACAUCUAUGUGUUGCUGAGGAUGCCAAGGCCCAGGUUUCCGUUGGUCAAACCGCUCUGCCGUAUCUGCUGGCCAGCACGUAGUCGAGCGAGUUCCUUUACAGGUACUAUCGAGCAACAUGGCAGUAGCGGUGACCCACCAACUCCGAUAACCGAAGCACCCUCGACGCCGGUAAGCGAAGCCGAACGUGAUUCACAAUUGGUUGCCGUAGCUGUUUGACCUACGUGGCGAUCAUCAUCAAAACACAACAAUGUCCUUAGAACAACGACUCGAAUCUGAUGAUUAUUUACGCGGAUCGCUCCGCCAGAGACUGAUUUAGCUUUAAAGCGCCGGGAUGGCGUUUACGACGAUGGGCGAACAUAUAUUCCCAAGAGCCCGCGCGUAAGCGGUUUCAUUUCUGUUUUGUGAAAGUGAAAUUCUUCGACGGCGAAAAAAUUGUGGGCUUCGACGUACGACGAAGGUAAAUGCCGUAAUAACUCGAUUCAACGGUUUUCGGACCUCGAGUUAAAAUAUGUGACAUCUUUGUACAGAUUCCACUUAACUAUUGUAAGACAAUCGUGCAUUCCAUAACACAUUCGAGUAAAAGCCAUUGUUCUUUUUUAACGAGUAAAUAUAUAAUUGAUUGCACCAUAUAUGCGCUUCAUUAGAUUUUCUACUGAUAGGAUUAUGCAUUAUUGUUGUUUUCGCUCUUGUUUAUCAUUGGCCACUUCGUGUUGGAAAACAAAUUUUUGCGUUCGCUCCACAGCGAACGAUAUUUAUUAUUGCACAAGUGAAGAUUUUUGUACAAACAAUUUUGUGUUCUAAUAUUUGCUAACUGUAUUGAACUUUAUAGUGAUAAUUUUUCAAGUAAUUCAAUAGAACGAACGUGAUUUUUUUCAUGUAUUUCGUUUAGCUAGUAGAGGUAGUUUCAAUUUUCACGGUCGUAUAUAAUCAAUCAGCAUGACUCUGCAUCAACCAAAGUACUUUUAUACGUGUAGUCAUUCAUUCGUUGAAUGUAAUCAUUGACAAUUUCUUGUGAUUUAAAGUAAUGUUGGAAAGUAAACAUAAAGUUAUAUUUUCUAAUCACUUAUAAUAAAGAGUGAGGAAAAGAACUUGCGUAAAAGUUCUUUUAAUUUCGAUAACUUGUCAGAAUAGUCUUAUCAGACUAUAUAAGAUGUAUUAUUUUUCUAGUAUAUAUUCCCAUGUAAAUUUACAUAAAAAGCAAAUUACGUCAGUAGAUCGUAUUUUGUAGUGAUAAGGAUAAACACACAAGACGCGAGAAAGAGAAACGAAUACUUGCGAUAAUGAAGAAAAUUCAAAAUAGCACAAAAUUUUAGUAUGAAAAUUUUUGCUAAAUAUUAAACACGAAUAAUGUGAAAUGUAAUGUUUUAGUUCAGACGAGAAAUUUACGAUUUUAGAAAUAUAAACAUUCAACAAAUAUUAUGAAAUUUUUCAACUCGCAAACGAUAGGAAUUAUAUUUUUUAGAAAGAAAAUAUUUUUUUAUGGAAAAUCUAAAAAUUAUCAAGAAAUUUUUAUAAAAAUGUUUCUUUUGGAUAAUUUGAAUUUGA